AUGUCGGAGCGCGGCCAAUUUCGCGGCGGCCGAGGCGGAGGUCGAGGAGAUCGAGGAGGCGGUGCGCGCGGAGGGCGUGGCGGCGCAGCGGCAUCACAACAGCCGGAACGGCCGAAGAAAGAGAAUAUCCUGGAUCUGGCCAAAUAUGUGGACAAGCAGAUUACUGUCAAGUUCAAUGGGGGGAGAGAAGUGGUGGGAACGCUGAAGGGGUACGAUCAGCUCAUGAACCUGGUGUUGGACGAUGUGAACGAGGUGAUGAGGGCAGACGACGAAGGCAACGAAUCCUCCCGCUCGCUCGGCCUCAUUGUCGCUCGUGGAACCCUACUCGUCCUGAUAUCGCCGCUUGAUGGGAGUGAAGAGAUUGCGAACCCGUUCGUGCAGCAGGAGGAUGAUUGA